AAACGUUUCCUGUCAAAUUUUCCAUUUGGGAUUCAUACAUCUCUCCAUUUUCAACCGUUAUUUGAAUGAAAUGACUGCAAAUAAAAAGGAGUCGUCGGGUUGGCAGUAAAAUGAAAAAAGUUCCCACAUCAUAUGAACAGAGCCCUUAUCUAACUGAUACAAAAUGUCUAAAGCGAGCUUUUACACAACAUGUAAAAACUGAGCUCUGCACAGCUGACCAACUUUGAUGAAGUGUGUUUUCUCAAGGAAUAUUCCAGAAUUUCCUCAAGCAACCUCACCGCAUGUCGCGGAUCAGGAGCACACUAGUCACAGUCACCAAGGCUGUGAGUGGAACAGUGAACACUGAGCUCCUCUCCAAGAUUACACGCAUCAAACCCGGUGUGGCCCAUGGCAAAUCUAUUGAGGUUACAGUUGAAUGUCCUGAUGCUGAAGCCAUCAUGACCGUAGCAGAACCUGACCCACCAAAAGGGAAAGAGGUAGAGAAAGACAUAGAAUGUCAUGAAGAACCUCCUAAAUCUAAAAGCAACCUAUCUACCACCAAAGGGAGUGCAUCCAGCAUGGUUGCAAAGCAGACACUGCAACUUUUUCAGCCUGCUGCCUUCACAGCAAACAUGGAGGAUGCCUUCAGUCAAUUGGCUGAACAUGUCAACACAUACUUUGGAAGUGACACACAAGAUUACAAAAGAUCACAACAGGGAAGAAGAGAUGCAACCCCCUCCACAACUCACAUCCAACCUAGUUCUCAUUCCAUUGGUAACAAGGAUCAUGUCCUUAUGGCAGUGCCUUUGGCCCAAAGAUCUACACCAGAGACACCCCUUUCUCCACCUGCAAUUGAACAGGAUGGUGCCGGUCCAAGCUCACAAGCCCCUUCUUCUCCAUCUCAAGAGGAUGGUUUUUCAGCCAUCCCCAUAUCGUCAAGAAAAGGCAUUAGUCAAUACUUGUCCUAUCCCAGGCCAAGUGUCCAGGCUUUUGUAGGUAACUAUAUCACUCCCCUGGUUCCAAAGUUCAGAGCGGAUUCCAAAGGUGGUACAGCAGAGAAGGACAAGCCGGCUGAAUCAGAAAAGCCAGUGUCGCAGCUCACAAAGAGUGCAGAAACCAAGGAACAGAAAGAAGCAGAUGAGAAAGCACAGAGACUGCUGUCUCAGAGAGAGAAGAUUAUAGCGCGUGUAAGUGUGGAUAACCGAACCAGAGCACUGGUCAAGAGCCUUAAAAAAGUGACUGAUGUGAAGAUCACCAUCAGCAGAGUGGAGGAACUGAGCUUCCACCUCCUAGAGUUUCCAGAGACCAGAGGAGUGGCAGUCACUGAGAAGGUGAUCCCAUGUCUGCUGCGUUUGGGGCAAGUCCGGGACGCCAGUCUGCAGGCUUCUGUGAGGCAGUCUCUGGCUCUGGUGGGCUACAACGACCCAGUGAAAGGCAGAGGGAUACGCGUGCUCUCCAUCGACGGAGGAGGAACCAGAGGAUUGGUGGCUUUACAGACUUUGCACAGAUUGGAAAGUUUGACAGGGAAGCCCAUCUACCAACUCUUUGACUACAUAUGUGGAGUUAGUACAGGAGCCAUCCUGGCCUUUAUGUUGGGUGUAUUCCAGAUCCCUUUGAAUGAGUGUGAGAAACUGUAUCGGAAGUUGGGAUCUGAUGUCUUUAAUCAGAACUUGAUUGUGGGCACAGUGAAGAUGGGUUGGAGUCACGCAUUCUACGAUAGCCAGAUCUGGGAGGAGAUCCUAAAAGAAAGAAUGGGACCUGGUCUUCUGAUCGAGACUGCCAAAAACCCUAAAAGCCCCAAGGUGUCAGCGGUGAGCACUGUGGUGAACAGAGGCCUGCCACUGAAGGCAUAUGUCUUCAGGAAUUAUAACUUCUUACCUGGGGUUCGUUCACACUACUUGGGGAGUUGCCAGCACAAAAUGUGGCAGGCCGUUCGAGCAUCCUCUGCUGCCCCAGGCUAUUUCCAGGAGUUCGUUCUAGGAAAUGACCUCCACCAGGACGGUGGACUCCUGAUCAACAACCCCACAGCUUUGGCCAUCCACGAGAGCAAGUGCUUGUGGCCCAACACACCUGUGCAGUGUGUGGUGUCUCUGGGCACAGGCCGAUACGAGACAGUCACCAAGACUGGCUCCAGCACUUACACAAGCCUGAAGACCAAACUCACCAACAUCAUCAGCAGCGCCACAGACACUGAAGAGGUCCACACAAUGUUGGAUGCCCUCCUCCCUCCCAAUACCUACUUUCGCUUUAACCCUUACAUGAGUGAGGAUGUCCCAUUGGAUGAGAGGAGACAGGAGAGGCUGGACAUCCUGCAGGCGGAAGGCCGCCGCUACCUUGAGCGCAAUGAGAACAAGCUGAAGAAAGCGGCCAGUGUUCUUACUCAAGAGAAGAGCGUCGUUCAGAAGCUGGCUGAGUGGGCACAACUGAAAGCUGACAUGUAUGAUGGCCUAUCCUUUGGCUCCAAACUCUGAAACAUGUCUAAAAGCUAUGAAACUCAUCAUCUAAACCAACCUGACACAACCAAUGACCUUUACCUAAGUCUAUUUAACAUUUAACAGCUUUUGUGGAUUUAUUGUUAUGUUGCCAUAAUGACUGUUUAAUCUGAAUCAAGCCUGUUGCCUCAUAUUGAAGAGCACAUUAGAUUAUUGAAAAGAUUCUUGAUCAGGUCAGAUUUCUAAGUGUUCAUUGUUGUUGUAAGGACAGUAGUUGUUAACUUCGGCUCUGUUGAUGCUGGACAAGAAAGCUAGAGGCAACACUGGCAGUACUUUUGUCCACUAGCUAGCACUUCCUGCUUGUUGUUGUUUUUUGCAAUGUAAUUACAGUACAUUGUCAUUGUGAACAAUUAGCAUUAAAUUAAAUGAUGAAAUAGUGCACUUGCUGUUGUGUAGCAUCCCUGCCAAACCCUGUAGUUGCUUACUUAUUUCUGCACAAUAAUUCUGGUAAGAAUUUACUGAACUUACAGUAUUUCGAAUGGGGUGAGCUGCUAUAUACAAAUUGAAGUUUGUAUAAAUAAGUAGUUAAAGCAGUACAUUUUUUUUAUUAUUAUUAUGCUAUGUGGGAUGUUCAUAAUUGUCAACCCUCUAAUUGUGUCUUAGACCACAAAGAGAAACAAACAGCACUGUUUUAAGGACUUUUGCACAAAUUUCUUUGAAAUCACUAAUUGCAGUUGUUUUAUUGCUGAAUGCAACACUUGCAUUGGUUAUUCUAACAGUUGUGUUGAAAUAAUAAUGAAAUUAUUAUCAUGGACAUGGUCUAUGUUUGAAUGCUUCCACUGCUUUUCAGUAGUGUUCAUUUUCAUUUCAACUGAUGUGUAGUAAGAAAAUACUCACACUACACUAUACAUACUAUAUCAUUUAUCGAUUCUGUCUUGAUAAGGUGUAAUACUGUAAAAUAAUGAUAAUCCUUGAAUUCAUUGAGGAAAUUAAUGACAGUGUUGUAGAUUCAAUUUUAACAAAUGUAACAAAUAUAUCCUAAUAGCAUCUUUAAACAACAUCAAAGAGAAAUAAAAGAUUU